AUAUUAUUAGUUAGGUGGGACCCACCCUUCAUGAUGCCUCCUUCCUCCUCAAAUACAGCGCAGGGUCCGCAUCCACGGCAGCAAAAGCAGAGAAGUUCCUAAUCGAUCAGACAGACGAUCACAGACAUGGAUUCUCCUUCUCUCCCAUGGAAGCUCUACCAAAACCCCCAUUUCUCCUCCGAAAGCCACCAUGAUUCUAAUCCCCAUCUACUCCCCUUACAUAACAUCGAAACCGAUCCCCACCCCUCUUCGCAGACGAACGACCUCCGCACCGAUCUGGAGGUCGAGCGCCGCCUUCGAAGAGACGCGGAAUCCCUAACGAGAUCACUCUCCCUAAAGCUCGCCGAGGAGCGGCGCCUCCGCGCCGAGGCCGAAGCUGAGGCCGCGCGAUGCCGCGAUGAGGCCGACCGCGCCGUACAAGAAGCUGAAGAAGAGCGCCAGAUGCUCAAAUACGCGGAUGCGUGGCGUGAAGAGCGCGUGCAGAUGAAGCUCACCGAGGCCGCGAUCGUCCUUGAGGAGAAGAUGAUGGAGAUUGCGAAGUCGGGUGUUUCCCGAUCUAGCGAGGUCGAUGGGAAAGGGAGGCAGGGGAGGGAGAAUCCGCUCAUCAAGAAGUGCGUGAAGGGGUCUGCGGAAUCACCCAAGACGGCGGGUAAGGCUCGGUCGCCGGGAUUCGUGAGGGAGAAGGAGCGCGCCGAUAAGAAAUUGGAGUGUCAGAAAUCUCAGAUUGGGGCUUUUCUGAGGCAGAAGAGUGCUUCGAAUUUUGGGGUGAUGGCUAAUUCGCGGAGUUUAGUUGUGCGAUGAUUUUCGUUUUUGUUGUUGGUGUUGAUGUUCUUGAUGCUUCAGCUGCUGCUGCUGCUGAUUUUAGUUUGGAGAAGUUGGGUACCUGUUGAGGUACUGCUUAGAAUAAUUGUAUUUUUAUCAAGGUUUUUGGCAAUAAAAUUUGCCUGCUUCCGGUUACAAUUUGUCUGUAAAAA